AUGGAACGCAAGCGCGAUUAUACGCGAUUUUCCUCCGACAACGAUGGCAGAUCAGACAACGAUGGCAGAUCAGACAACGAUGGCAGAUCAGACAACGAUGGCAGAUCAGACAAUGACGGCAGAUCAGACAAUGGAACGCUCCCAAUUCGUCCGACAUCGCGGUCGCCACCCCCAGCGAUAACACAGAGACAACAAGUUUCGCCACAGAGACCGCAUCCUCCGCCGCAAGAAGCGCAAUUUUCACUGCCGGGGCUGCAAUCCUUGCUGCAAGAAGCGCAUAUCCCACCGCAAGGGCUGCAACAGCAAGCACCCUACGCCACCCAGGUAUCCCAGUUUCCGGACCAACGUGUUCCAUAUGAUGAUGUCGAUCCGAGGGGCGCAGCCAACAUAUAUCAGCAUCUUGGUAAGGAUUACUAUUGGGUGUUCAACUUCGCAAUCCGAGCAAGUCAACGUGACAUCCGAGGCUCUCAACGCGAUCAGUACAAUCGCCGUCUUUGGCAUGAGAAUUUCAAAGCCUUCCAGAAAAUAAACCUGAUCGACCCGAAUGAAGCCAAGGAGCCUCCGGACGGUGAAUUUCUGCAGCGGUUCCUCAUUACUGCGGCAUAUCGCGCGUGGCCUGGUCCCGGUGUGCCGACGCUGUCCUGGCUGGAAAACGGGUACCGUACUGUGGUGGACAUUUGUACAUUCUCCUACAAAGACUUCCAGAUGUCAGAGCGUGAGAAGAUGCACAUUGACAGUACGAUAGCGUGGAUUUUGAAAGAGGGCUUGGUGAAGUUGGAUGAGCUUCCAAGAGACGACUAUUGA